CAAGUUGUAAGAGAAAGUGUUUUCCGAGACCACAACUGUGCAUAUACUUUUGACGCUAAACAGCUAGCCUAUGAGAAUUAAGAGUCAAAGUGUGUGCAUCUUAACACUGUACAGUGUAGGCGGGUCUAGCCCCGCGUUUUAGAGCACUUUAAGAUUUUCUUCACUUGCUUUAGAGCAAAAUUUUAGAGAUUGUUUAUCCGCGGGUAUUGCGUGUUUGUUGUUGAGAACAACAGAAAAAAUUAUCUUUUUGCAUAAACAUACAUGCGAAUCUAGACUGGAAUGCAUCCUUUCCCCUCCCUCUUUAACCAUCAUCAUCUCCCUCCCCACCAAGAUCAACAGGAACGAUGUCUGACGAAAACUACAAAUCAGAGGUAGAAGAUGUUCAUUCAUCUCGUCAAGAUGAAUUAUACCAAUUAGCCAUAGAAGAUAAAGCAAUCACUGCCUCUUACGGUCCUCCGACCGUUGCAAGUAUCAUUCAAAAUAGAUAUGUUACAGGUGUUGCUUUAUGGGCUGUGUUUGGAGCAUUAUGUUUCGGUGUCGAUCAAGGUUUGAUGUCAGUCACUCUGGUCAUGCCACAAUUCACCGCUCAAUUUCCAGAAAUUGCUGCAAACAACACAAGUGCUGGCUUUCAUAAAGGACUACUCACAGCAAUGAUUGAAUUAGGUGCUUUCGUAGGCGCAAUCUUUGCUCCUUUUGUGGCAGAUCAUUAUUCCAGAAGAUGGUCUUUGCGUGUCGGAUGCAUGUUCUUCUUGGUAGGCAGUAUCAUUCAAACCGCAAGCUACACUUAUGGCACAAUCGUUGCAGGUCGUUUGGUAGGCGGUCUGGGUAUAGGUAUGUUAUCCUUGACAUGUCCUUUGUACAUCAGCGAACUAUCACCACCAAAUUUGCGAGGAAUUUUGCUCAGUUUGGACGAAUUCGCAAUCGUGUUUGGUAUUUGUGUGGCGUACUACAUCACCUUUGGAACUCGCUACAUCACUUCUCAAGCAUCUUUCCGUUUACCAUUCGCUCUUCAAAUGAUCCCUGGUGUCUUACUGCUAUUAGGCUCAAUCUUGUUGCCUGCUAGUCCUCGUUGGUUAGCCAUGAAAGGUCGCGAUCAAGAAUGCCUAGCAACAUUGGCCAAAUUGCGUCAACGUGAUUCAAGUGAUUUGGUAGUUCAGGCAGAAUGGUUAAGUAUCCGAGCAGAAGCACAAUUGAACCGCGAAGAACAAGCAGAACGUCAUCCGGAUUUGCAAUCUGGUUCUUUGCUUGAUAAAGCAAAAUUGGAUCUUUGGUCUUGGCUUGAUACAUGGGGACCAGGAGUUUGGAAAAGGACUUUGACCGGCGUUCUCUUGAUGAUGAUGCAACAACUUGUGGGCAUUAAUGCACUCAUUUAUUACUCCCCAACCUUAUUCGAAAAUCUCGGUCUCUCUUUCGAUGAUCGACUCAUUCAAUCAGGUAUUAAUAACAUUUGUCAAUUAGCUGGUGUCAUGCUAAGCUUCUUCUUCAUCGAUCGAAUUGGACGUCGACCUUUGAUGGUGGCAGGAUCGUUUGCAACGUUUGCCUGUAUGCUCAUCGUUGGCGUUCUCACUGCAAAGUUUGGAGAUGCUUGGCCAACACACAAAGCAGAAGCGAAAGCCGCAGUCGCGUUCUUGAAUCUAUACAUGGUCUCCUUUGGUCUUGCGCUAGGACCUGUGCCAUGGCUCAUGCCAAGUGAGUUGUAUAGCUCCUCUAGACUUAGAUCAAGAGGUGUGGCCUGGUCAGUGAUGAGCAAUUGGCUUUUCAACUUCAUUAUCGGCUUAGUGGUACCGCCAUUCAUUCAAGCCACAAAUUGGGGUACUUUCAUCUUCUUUGCAGGUUGGUGUCUCAUUUGCGCAUUCUGGUCAAUGUUCUUCCUCCCGGAAACCAAAGGAAAGACAUUGGAGCAAUUGGAUGCCAUCUUUGGAGAUAAUAGCGGAAAAUCAGACCGUGAUCGCAGAGAACGUAUCAGUGCUCGUUUGGCUUCCGAGCAAUUGGGCAGACAAUCCGAAGACGAAAAGUAGUUGAUGCCAUUCUUUCUUUAAUUGUACAUUAGCUGGA